AUGGACAUGGAGAAGAGGGAGCGGUCCUUGGACCAGAUCGAGGACAGCAAUGGGGAGAAAUCCAGUGUUGAGAAUGGCCCUCUCGCUAUGCCUGCCAGCUUGGCGGCUCUGAGCAAGGAAGAUUAUGACAAGAUUGGAAAGAAGGCGACGUUGAAGAUGGACCUGGUCAUCAUGCCCAUCAUGGUCAUCAUGUAUGUCCUCAACUACCUCGACCGACAAAACAUCGCCAGUGCCAAACUCGCAAACAUCACUACAGAGCUGAACCUCAGUGAAGUCCAGUACCAAACCACCGUCAGCAUUCUCUUCGUCGGUUACAUCUUGAUGCAAGUACCUUCCAACAUGAUUGUCGGCAAGAUUAAGUGGCCCGGUAUCUACAUCUGCGGAGGCAUGGCUGGCUGGGGUGUCAUUUCCUCUCUGAUGGCCGUCGUACACAACUACGAAGGCCUUUUGAUGGCGCGCUUCUUCCUCGGUUUCGUCGAGGCCAUCUUCUUCCCCGGAGCGCUCUACUUUCUGUCUCUGUUCUACAACCGUAAGCAGUUUGCGUUGAGAACUGCUAUUCUCUACUCCGGCUCGCAGCUGGGCAAUGCUUUUGGCGGCCUCUUUGCCAUUGGUAUCCUGACCCUUGAUGGAGCCCAUGGUCUUUCUGGUUGGCGAUGGCUCUUCCUCGUCGAGGGAGUAAUCACCGUCGGUCUUGCCAUCCCCUUCGCGAUGAUCCUCCCCAACUCCAACAAGAAGAUUCCUACCUUGACUCAGCUGGAGUGCGAAUGGGUCCAGUACAACUACACGCUCGACCAGGGCCAGGAGGACAACUCGAGCGAGGUGACUGCGUUGAAGGGUUUCCUCAUGGCCGUCACGGACCCCAAGACUUGGAUGCUCAUGGGAAUCCUGUACUCUACCUACAUCGUCGGCGCCGUCGCAAACUUCUUCCCUUCUGUCGUCGGCGGCUUGGGCUUCUCCCGCACCAUGACCUACGCCCUCACCGCGCCUCCCUUCCUCCUCUGCGUCAUCACCAUGCUUCUCAACGGCUUCCAUUCCGACCGUAAGCAGGAGCGUUACCUGCACAUCGUCAUCCCCCUCUGCAUCACCCUCGUCGCAAACAUCAUUGCCGUGUCCACGAUCAACAUCGCCGCGCGUUACGUCGCCAUGAUGCUCCUCCCCGGAUCCUUCUACGCCGCCGCCGUCGUCAUCUUGUCCUGGAUCACCGGCAGUCUGUCGCAGCCCAGCGUCAAACGUGCCAGCGCCAUCGCUCUCAUCAACGCCAUGUGCAACACGCCCAACAUCUGGGGUAGCUACUUGUACUACGGCGCGCCGAGAUACAUUACUGCGUUUAUUGUGAACAUUGCGGCUACCGGCCUCGCGAUUGGGUUUGCUACCGUCACGAGGAUUUGGCUGCGGAGGCAGAAUGCCAAGUUGGACAGGGGUGAGGACUGCGGCAAGCAUGGUCCGACCGAGGCACAGGUUGCUGGUGGGUUCAGGUACCUUAUCUAA